AUGAUUACCAUAAUGUUACUGGCCAUUGUGGUGUCCUGUACAUCGAUUACAGGUACAUCUGGGGGCUGUACCUGCCCAUGUCCAUGCUAUGGUACAAAUACAAUGUCCAGCGGCCGUGCGCACUCUUUGGAACAACCAAAAACUGUUCGGGAUUAUGAAGAUCCGUUGGCCUUAUUGAAAAGAUUCGCAUUCACGCACAGAAUAAAGGACCAAAAAAAGGGCGACGAGGAUGAAUUUAUAAACACCGGUAAUGAAGUAGGAUUCGGCAUGUGA